UUUACGUGUGCAGUUUGACAUUUGGAUGAUGAGCAUUCCAGGGCUUGGGUUUGUUGUUGUGCUGUAAGCACUGUUGUACCAGUCUUUUCAGCAUUCCUACACUGUGCACUACUUUUGUGCGUGCGAUUGGUUUGGCUGUAGGCGCAAUCCCGUGUCGUGACUAGAACAAGCUUGCGCAUAAAUGAUCGUCGAUCUGCCCCAAAGUGUUUACCGUGUUGUGCGUUGAAGUGGCACGAGCAAGUGAAAUCUAAUUUACGGAGCAGCAGUUCGCUUGCAUCGUCGAGGGCAGUGACGUUUCUUGCAGAAACCGGAAAUCCGGAAAUGGUCGGUCAAAAGUCUGCCGGAGUCCGUACGAGUGGGACGAAGAAGGAAGAACUGUUGGUCAACGUUCAGGUGAACGGUAACGACGAGAUUGAUCUGGUACCGGUUAAUAAGAACACGGACUACGGAAGCACAUCGGAAGAUGAUCGGGAUGAUGACGAAGAUUACGAGGAUCUUUCGGACAAUCCGGACUCGGAUCCGGAUUUGCUGGAAACUGCCGAUGGCCGACUGAUACUGGACAUGAAGCGCAGCAAGUACUGUGGGAAGUGUAAAAAGAUUUUCAAAACAACGUCGGAACAAAAAGCACACAAGUACAAGUGUCCGGGCGUGGUGGAUGAGGUGCAAGACGUUAUCUUGAAGGAGCGCAUAGCGGCCAAACAUGCGAACCCAGGCGAAGAGUUUCACAAGUACUGCAAUCCGAAUCCAGAUAAUCCGUGCUAUUGCUGUGGUGAAGAUGUCAGCACGGCGCACGUUGGUCACAUCCGGUGCAAAUUCUGUCCCAAAUCGUUCAAGGCGUACGAGUACAUGGAGCGACACCUGAGCUCGAUCCAUUCGGAGUCGGACGCGUUUCCAUGCUGCUACUGCAACGCAAAGUGCAGCACACAGACAAUUUUGGACGAGCAUCUGAAGACCCACGACGAGGGCAAGCCGUACGCAUGUAUGGCGUGUGGGAAGGAUUUCACCCGCCGUUACCAUCUGGACCGGCACGAGAAGCACACCAAGUGUGGUAUGGUCCCGAAGGAGGUGGAAGUCUUACCGUGUGAGGUUUGUGGCAAGCAAUUUACACGCAUUGACAAUCUGCGCGAACAUUUGCGUUCGCAUAUGGGCCAGGGAGCGCGUAAACGUGAUUACCAGUGUCCGUACUGUUCGAAGUCGUUCUACGGGUCAUCACUGCUAAACAUUCACAUUCGUACGCACACGGGCGAGAAACCAUUUCCGUGCGAUCUGUGCCCGAUGUCGUUUCCGUCCACGGGUGCGCUACGAAAGCAUCGGCGCAAGCACACCGGCGAACGGCCGUACCGUUGUGACGAGUGUACGGCAACGUUUGCUGCGCGUGAAACGCUUAACCGGCACCGGAAAACGCACACCGGCGAGAAACCGCACGAGUGUCAGGAUUGCGGUAAACGCUUCAUCCAGGCCACGCAGCUACGGGCGCACAUGCUCAACCACAGUGGCGGCAAUGCGUUCGAGUGCAGCGAGUGUGACGAAACUUUUAGCCGGAAGGCCCGACUAAACGAGCACAUCAAGUUCAUGCACAAGGGAGAGCAACCGUUCGAGUGUGACAAAUGUCCAAAAACGUUCUUGCGUAAGGAUGAUCUGACACGCCACGAGCUAAUCCAUUUGGACGUGAAACCAUACGAAUGUUUGGUGUGUCGAAAAUUUUUCACGACCAAAAACGCUAUCGUGUUGCACCAGCGGACGCACACGGAAGAAAAUCCGGUGCAAUGCAAAGUUUGCUCGGGAACAUUCAAGAGGGCGGACUGCUUGAUGCGACAUAUGCGCACAAGACACCGUGAUUAUUUGGAAAAAAUAAUCGACGAUACGGAGAAAGAGAAGAUGGAACAGCUGAUGGCAAAGCGGGAAGCAGAAAAGGAAGCAACGGUGGAAAUAGACGGAGCCGUCUACCAGAUCACCACGAUGGAGGAAGGCCCCACGAAAGAGGACGGCUAUACCACCAACCAAACGGUAGAAAUGUUCGAAGUGGUAGAAAUCCCGGCAAGCACCGCAAGCAUGCCACCAACCACAUCGGUCCCGUAUGAACUGAUACCAAUCGUGGAUGAUACGGGUGUAGUUUUGGGCGAGAGCGGUAUAGUCGAGUUUAUCGACCAGUCAAAUGUUGCCCCGAUACAGCCAAGCGUCGCGAUUGUUAAAAAGGAAAAAGAUUCCCUCGACAAAUCCAAAUCAACGGCGACUGUCACUGCUCGGCCAAAACAGGCGGAACCGGUCGUUACAAAGAAGGCCGAUAAAAUGGCACAUGAGGACAAAUCACCCAAGAAGAACGUUGCAAGCUCCACAAAACCAACCGGCAGCAGCAGUGGAACGUUGAAACUAAAGUCGGAAAGUGCACCGAUGCGUUCGCCAAAGGAAUCACCACCAAAAACGGUCGCAAAGGUUACAAAAGAGAUUCCCCGCACGAAAGAGGAACCCGUCAAACAAGCAAAGCCGGACACAGUACCGACAGCAACAACUCGCCCGAAAGAAGCUAAAACGAAGAUGAUGGAUGAAAUGAAAGUGAAGCGCAAACGUGAACCGAAAACGAUCGGUUCGAAGCGUGCCCGCACGGAUGACGACACUAUACCGAUCUUCCUGAGCGACGAUAUGUUGGAGCGCAAAAUUUCCGAACUGCUGCAGAUGUUGAUGGGGGACGAGAUGUUGCGCAGUUUCGGCUGGCCGAAUGCACCGGUAGAGGAGGUGCUCGGGCGCGUUAUUAUGGGCUGCGGUCAUCAGCCGGCAAAGGGAGAAGAGGUCGGUGAUCAUACGACGCGUAUGCGCGAGAACACAAAAAUUCUGUUUUCCGUCACGAUGGACGAUGACGAUAUACGAUCCUUAUUGAACAACCACACGGUUGAUGAAGUUAUCAUGCACGUGUUAAAAAAUAAAUAAUCCGGCAAUAUUGGCUAGAUUAUUGAUUUUUUGAGGUGGCUCUUCUCAAAAAAACCUCGAUUUGUUGUUUUCUCGAGGAAUCCGUGGUGCAAUGGGAUGAAGUUAGGCUGACUCCACACACAAUAACGGCAAUUUGUGGCCUUCUAAAGACCUUAUUAAGCAGUAAGGUUAGAGUAUUCUUUGAUUAACCAUUUAAAGAUUUAACAAUGUUUUUUUUUUAUUAUGCACGA